GCUGUGUCCAGUGUGUGGAACAAAGAAGAAGCUGCUCAGUUUGGGAGUGUCACAGAGCCAAAGGGAACGCCUUUAAUGCGGCUUUCGUGAAACUGCAAGUAGUCCACGGUAACGGAGUAGCUGUUUAACCGCUGUGCUAUCAAGAUCCGCUGGGUUGCUUUGUUCGGGGUCACUGUAGACAUGACUACCAGCUGUCUGUGGACUGUGGGCUUGCUGCUGGCUCUGCUGCUGCCAACGGAAGUACUCUCUCAGGGUUCUUUUGAUCUGAAUGAUGCUCUGGAUGUUAACAGUGACAGUAAAUCAUCAACGACUCCUGCACCAAAAUCCGCUAUACCUGCAGGAGGAGAGUUGGAUUUGGAGGAUUUUUUCAAAGUCAGUGGCAUCACCACCAAAGCCCCACCCAGGGUUAUACCUAAGGGUGCAGCAAGUACCAAGGCCCCAGUCAAGCAUAAACCCAAGCCAGCUAAUGAGGACCUAGACCUGGCUGAUGCCUUGAACCCCAACAAUGACAUUGGUGGCAAGGAGAAAAACAAGGACAAGGGAGGUAUAUUUUCUGACAGUGAUCUGAGUGAUGUGAGUAAAGAUGACACAUACAAGCCUGACAAAGGCAAAGGUGGAUUCUCAGGAGGUGGCGGUGAUCUGAUUAACCAGCAUGAUGACAAUCAUGAGACCACAGCUGAGGUGGGCACCAUUGCAGGGAUUGUCAGUGCAGUUGCCAUGGCACUGGUGGGUGCAAUAAGCAGUUACAUCUCCUAUCAGAAGAAGAAGCUGUGCUUCAGUGUGCAACAGAGCCUGAACUCUGACAUGGUGAAGGCAGAGAACCCUGAGGCUGUGGUGGCUACAGAACCACAAGUCCAACAGACUCUCCUUGAGCCAUCCAAUGCUGAGCCUCCCACUGAAGAAAAUGCUGUCUAAACACAUUCACAAGGUCACCUACAUACAUUCCCCCUCAACAAAAUCCCCCACCCAAACCAUGCCCACACUCGCACACAGAACCUUUCCAAAUGUGAGUGUUUAUAGUAAUUUAUUGUUUACUAUUUGAACACAUCGAACAACAGCACCAACAGGUUUGCUUUUUUUUUUUAAGCAUUUCUCCUUUUGACAUGUAACUGAUUAUUUGUGACAAAUCAUAUGUCUUACUUAUGUUGAUCGAAAACAUGCAAAGUAGAAUAACACAUCCCAGAAUCCUGUCAGUGCUCAGUUAAAGGGAUAGUUCACUGAAAAAUGCAUAUUCACUCAUUAUCUACUAAGUCGAUGGAGGGAUGGGUGAAGUGUUUGAGAUCACGAAAAAUGUUUGGAGUUCCAGGGGUAAAAAGUGUUGCGGGCAACUCUAAUGCAAUUGAAGUAACUGGCGACCUAUUCCUCAAAUGUAAAAAAACAAAUGCCUCAAUAGUGCUCCUGUGGUGUCAUUCAAGUGUCCGUAAGGCCCGACAUUCAAAUUCAACUCUAAAUGGCAUCAUUUACACAAUACAUAUACAUUUUUGGUGAACUAUCCUUUCUAAGGAAGAACAUUUAACUGUAGACCCUAGAUUUCUGUUACAAGCCUUGAGGCAACUAAUUAUGGAAUCACUUGGGAAAUUGUGAUAAAAUGUAUAAAUGGCCAGUUAGCAGAUAAUGUAUGAACACAUUUUCACAGUAAUAAUCAUGAAAUAAUCCCACCAAUUGUUCUUAUUCCUCCAAAAUGUGACAUUUUAUGUGAUUUAUUACUUGUUCACUUUACUGUGUUAUUAUGAAGUCAUAACCAGUGAUUAUAAUACUAUUUGUUAAGAAGAUGAUCAGGGUUUCUGAAGUUAAACAUCUGAUAAAUGUACUGCUUUUUAAUGGACUUAAAUAUGAGCUCCUUGUCCAGUAGUGGGCAAGGGACAUAUUUAUAGACCUUAAGUAACCGACCUCUGUUAAUUGGACUGACAGUUACAUCAUUAGUUGUAACACGCUGCUUAUGAUAUAAUGUACAGAGUUGCAUCUUUUUGGAGUGGGAAAAAAAUGCAUCUAUGCUUUACUUUCUAAUCAUAACCUGUGACCUUUUAUACUGUAAAUAGCCUGCCGCUUUUUCAACUGGCCUUUAACAACGAUGUAGUUAGCUAAGGAGAAUUUUCAUUUUUCGAGGUACUAAUGGUAAAAUAGUUCUGAUAACAGUGAGUGGUUGACAGGGAAUUGACAAGAGUCAAAUCAACACUUGGGAGGAUACAAUUAGCUUGCUAAAUCAGUUGUGCUGUGGUUUGAGUUUAAUAGUGGACAGCAUGUUUUUUCCUCCCUCUGAAUUUGAAAGGAGUCUGACCCAUCACAAUACUAUGUUGUAUUGUGUAAGCGGUGAGAUUCAGCAUGUACAGAAUAUAAUUCAUGAUCCCCUGGUGGCCAUUAUUUCCAUCAGUGUGAGACAGGCUUGCAAAACAGCUGCAUAUCAUGAAACCAUUGUGUGUCAAGGCUAAAAUAGAUUACCACGUUUUAAUAAUGAGUACUCAUAUUGUAAGCGCUUACUUUAAGCAUUAUUGAUGUGAUUCUGGAAACUUAAAAAUAUCAAUUAUGCCACAAUUCUGGUCAAACUCCAGAAUAGGUAGAUAUGAGAGUGCCACAGUAUAGUUUUGAUUGUAUCAACGAACAGUGCCAAAGUUGACAAAAUGUGCAAGUUCUUGAUUAUUUGCAAACUAUCUCCAAUCAAUUGUAUGCUUCAGCGACCUCCAGGGAUAAUGGGGUCACAAGUCUAUGAGUCUGUAAUUUGGGGGUAGAGGACUGACAAGUUUGGGAACCUCCGUUCUUGACAGAAUAGCUGAUAAGAAGUGUUGUCCAAACAGAUGUGAAGACUAUGUUGCUUUGAAGUUUAAAAUGUCCUUAAUGGGAAUAAGAUCCACAUGAGUAGAAAGGUGAUGGUGAAAGGAAGUCAGAGAAGGACUGACAGUGAGUAAAAGGAGUGACGAUUGAGUGACUAAUGAAGGCAGACAAGACUGUGAAGGGUCAGGCGUGUUGGUUUAUCCUAAAUAUGAGAAGAUGAGCCGAACUCGGUUUGUUCAAUCAAGUAUUUAUUUAGAAAGCAAUGAAAGGUAUCAAUCAGCAAAGCAAUGGGCAUCCAACAAGUCGCAUCAGAACACGAGACCCAUCAGAACGCAUCAAACAGCCGGCGCCUGUCUAUUUUAUAACAGUAGAUCUUGGUUCUUCCUCCUCGAAAGUGCGCAGGCGUAGGCCAUCCUCUUGGUAAUGGAAUAAGGAAGUGACAAGGAGCCACUCCAAGGCCUUGACACAUUUGAUGGCAUGUGGGCCAAUGGUGUUGACAAUUGGAGAAAAGAUUAUUGUGUUCUUGCUAUAUCAAAACAAUAUUCUGUUUGUACAGACAUUCAAAACAAUUUAACCAAAACAAUGUAACAGAACUGUGACGCUCACACAUUCUAAUUUCAAGAUUACAAACUAGGAAGGAAAAGGUUAUUAUCAAUCAUUUGCGUGAAGGCCUUAUAUCUGGCUCAAACUGCUUCUAUCUUUAUUCAUUUAGAGUUGAGUCAGACACAGAAUAUAGCUAAAAUAUUGAAAUCCUAACAGAAGCCAUUUGCACUUUUACAAAUAGUGGAAAGAUAAUUUGCAUAAGAAAAAGAGAGCUUUGCUUUAGCUGCCAAGAUGAAGUAAGAAUCAGUAGUUUGAAUAAGGAUCUUGAAUGGUAUCGUUGAAAAAAAUAUGAAGGUUGUACAUUUUACUGUGAGUAGUUCUUUUUUUGUACUGUAAGAGAUAACACAUUUGAUUAUAUUACUGUGCAUGCGUGUGUGUGUGUGUUCACACGCUUUUCCUGUUUUUUUUUUACACUUUGUACCCAAAUUAAUUUUCCUGAUAAUUUGGCUUAACUUUUUGUAAGUGUGGUGGUUGUGUACUGCCAACACUUAACUUCGGCUUUUUAAGUGGUUCCUGCACUGAUAUCUACAGUCUUGUGUAUUUUGUAAAUCUCCAAAAUUAUGUCAUUUUUGGUGAAACCUCUUUAAACUUGAAUGGUUCAUUGGUAGUGACGGUUCAUUGAGGGAUGAUGACUGUCAGGAGUUACAAACUCUCUGCUACGACUCUUACUGGAUAACCUCUCUGCCCUGGCAGCUGUAAUUUCAAAUGGUGAUUCUCUCUGUCUUAUAAACUGCUCAGUCCCACAAGGACACACUAUUCAUCUAACACCCCCAACAUGCACAUGAGUAACACCCAUUGCUUCCCUCCUUUGUCUAUUGGGUACUGGGGAAAGGUGUGGGUGCUGUAUCAAGCUCAUGCUGCUGAGAGCUGAACUAAACACAUAGAAACAAACAAAAAAAGCCACUGUUACUGAAUGUAUUAAAUAUCUUCAACAGCUGUAGAAAAAAAUACAGAUUUGACCAAAGAUGAUUAAGAUUGACUUUCCUGUUGUGUAUUGGAGUUGUAUUUGUUUGUGAGAACAAGGCCUUGAAAUAAUCAUGAAGGACAAACAUUAAAUCUGACCACGAGUCUGAAUGUAAUGCAGAUGUCCUUACGUCUCAAGCGCAACAUUGACAAUGAUAGUUAGAUGGAUAUGACACAGAAGAGAACAUAAAAAUCUGAUAGACAGCACACCUGAUAUCUUACAAAUAAUGUGUAAUUAUCUUUCCAAUGCUUGUGUCGACACAGUGUUUGAACAACUCCCACUAUGGCACUGUGGAUGUUGAUUCCGUUUGAGGUUCUAGUGUGGCGACCUGUUAAACUGCUGUUUGCAGUGGUUUCCAGUCUUUUCUAGCAAAAUAAUAUGAAGAAGUCCAAUGUACUCCUGCUGAAGGCCUUUAACUGAAAGUGCAGGUGUGAAACCUGUUUAAAUAUUAACCUAAUGUCCUCUGCAUUGAUUGCAUCCAUUCCCUUUAUGCUGAGGUCACAACAGCCAGGUGUGGACAUUAUAACAGAAACUGUAAACGUGUGUAUCAAAGUGGCAGACUGGCAGGUGAAUGCACUUACAGUGAAUCAAAAGUGGAUCCAGAGAAGCAGCGAAGCCAGACCGUCAAAGUGACAUCAAGACAACACCUUUUAAUUGGUGGUCAUCAAGACACUGGUCCCUACUUAAACUAUAAGGAGCUUCAAAGUAGGACUGCAUGUUAUAUCGAAAAUGUAUCCUCCUCGUGACAUCAACUAACGCGACAUACGUAUCACAAAAGACAGUUUGAGCUGCGAUAAAUGUUGUUCCAUGUGCCAUGCAUUUACGCUCUGCAUGUCAAUAUAUUUGGCCAAUCAGAUGGAGCCCAGCUACCCUACAUAAAAAUGUAAAGAUAUUCAGAUAAUUUGACAGGUUUUUCCCUAAAAUAAAUCAUUUUCGGGAGAAGAAAAGAUAGAUUUGUGAGGCGGCUCCGACAAAUCUCGUGCUGCCUCGCCCGCUCGCUUUGGAGCUGUCCUUGGUCCCUGCGGUUUUUGUCAGUGUCAGCAUAGACCUUUUACUUUAUGGGGUCUAUGUUAGCAGUGAACCCAAAGCACCACUGUAUACUUAAGCAUUUCUUUAUUUAUCGCAAGUCAUAUCGUCAUCGCGAUAUUCAACAAUGUUAUUGCAUAUCACAUGUUUUCCUAAUAUCGUGCAGCCAUACUUCAAAGCAGCACCAGCACAUCAAAGAAAGGAGAGUGCAGCCAUCUUGAGAUGUAUAGCAUGAUAAAGACCUGCAUUUGACUAAAAGUUGAUUUCAUAAUUUAGAUGGAACUGAAUAUUUGAUUAAUAUUGUACAUUGUGCUUAAUAAAUUGCAAGUUCAUUUAUUGGAUUAUAGGAUUUCUGAAAUAACCUUGUAAAAUAAGUAUAGGCUAAGUAUUAAUAUUGUGAUUUUAGUAUAGUAAUUAUUAUGUUACUUAUGUGACACAAGUAAUAAAGACUAAUGUUAUCCAACUAAAAUAUUCCAGUUAAAUCUCGUCUAGAUAAUCUGGUUCUACAAAUGCAGAGAUUUAGGUUUGAUUUGUUCAUCUUGAAUAAUAAUUUAUCUUUAAUAAUGGUGUGCUUUUGUAAAAGAAGGUAUAGAUAAUGGGGUUAUUGAUGUGAGAAAAAUACUCCUGAUUGUACCGUUACAUGAUAUUAAACUCAUCCAGGACCACAUUUUGUUCUCACAGUUUCAAGCCUUAAUCCUAAAAAGAACAAACUAAAGAAGACUAACUGAUAAUAAGCCUGGAUUACUCUGUGAGUUUGUUUGUUCAAUGUUUCUCUGGCGUUUUAACUUUGAAUGAUGUCUGUAGUGUUUAUUAUGACAGCUGUGCCUGAGAUCUUCUAGUUUUUUGGGAGCAGUCACAUGACAAUGACCUGUCAAACAUACUUGCCACCCUGACUAUCCACUGCGGUACACUUAAGUGCCUGCACUGCAUUUCCCACGCUUUAGUGCCUGUCAACAUGUCAUGUAUAGCCACAGUUCAGUACCUUAACAUGCCAUUAAGUUUUGUCUAUUUGCCUGAUUGACACUUGAAAAACGAAAAACAAAUGUGAAAAAGUACUUACUUUCAAACUUACUUGUCUGGUAUUUGAGGGCUGGCUUUUUUUGAGUUAGUGGCUUGUCACCUACAACACAUACUCACGUAUCCUGUACACUGCUUUCCUGCACAUAAUCAUCAUUCAUGCUUUUCUCUGCAUCUGUAUAAACCCUUAACAUGUAGCUUACAAGUGUUGAUCUCUAUAUGUCAAGGUUGUGUGAGCUCUGCUUUCUUUCUUAGUCAACUAUGAAUUUUCUGGCAAUAUCUUACAGGUGUUGUAUGUGUUACUAAUAUGAAAUAAACAGUUUCAAAAGAUAA